AAUGCAUUUUUUUCUUUAGAUUCUAUAAAAUAGCAUCUUUGGCUUUGAUGUCAGCUUUGCAUUAGAUCUUGAUAUUCCCUCAGUUAUCUUUCAUGAUCUAGAACCUGAAAUGGUUCUCCAACACUAUAGAAGGUGGUGUUCUCAGUUCUUUAGGUCAUCCUAAACCAUCUCAGUGUUCCUUCAUUGUUCAUAGUGUGUGUCUACAAUGUAAAAACUGUGUAAUGGUAUUGUACUGUAUGUUAUUGUCGGGGAAUCUCUUGUAAGUUGUAAUUAUUGAAAUGAUUUCCUUGAUGUAGAAAAAUAUAUAGUGUCUGAUUUAAAAAAAAAAGUCGUCAUCAAGCUUUAGCUUUGAUUGCAGCACACAUUCACUGUGGCAUUGUUUCGAUAAGCUUCUGCAACGUCACAACAUUUAUUUACAUCCAGUGUUGCAUUAAUUUUCAUCAAGAUCUUGCAGCAGCAUUAAUGAUGGUAGAGUCUGACCACUGCACAAAGCAGCUCUUCGCCAUCCAGCACAUCCCAAAGAUUCUCAAUGAGGUUAAGAUCUGGACUCUGUGGUGAACUCUCUCUCAAUCCAUGUGUGAAAAUGAUGAUCUCAUGCUCCCUGAACCUCCAUGCUCUCUUUCACAAUUCCAACCCCAUGAAUCCUGAUAUUGUUAUCUUGGAAUAUGCUCGUGUUCAUCAGGGAAGAAAAAAUCCAUUGAUGGAAUAAGCUGGACUAUAUUCAGUAUAUUCAGGUAGUCAGCUGACCUCAUUCUUUCAGCACAUACUGUGGCUGAACCCAGACCUGAAUAACUGCAACAACCCCACAUUAUUUACUUAGUUAAAUCCAGGUGGAGACUUUUUUUUCGGGUCAGGCAGUGUAUAAUAAUAAAAAACAGUAAUUAAAUGCCUUGAAUGCUCUUCUUUAACCUGCACUUUUUAUUCCAGUUAAAACAUACUCUGGUUCUGGUUUGCAGUCCAUUUGGACAGAAUGAAGGCUGUACUUGUUGUCGCUGCUCUUGCGGCUGUGGCCGGUGCAGCCAGUGUCUCUAUGGAGGAUCUGGAGUUCCACCAAUGGAAACUGGAUCAUGGUAGGAGUUAUGAAUCUGAGGAAGAAGAGUCUCAGCGCAAGAUGGUCUGGUUGUCCAAUCGUAAGCUGGUACUGGAACAUAAUGUGCUGGCUGACCAGGGUCUCAAAAGCUACCGACUCGGCAUGAACCUUUUUGCAGACAUGAACAACCAAGAGCUCCAGGCCUGGUUUAGUAACUGCCUGUUACCCUUCAACAGGACAAAGACCAGCACUGCAGCUACGUUCCUCCAACAGGCAGAGGGUGCUGCUUUACCUGAUGCUGUGGACUGGAGGGCAAUGGGUUACGUGACAAAGGUCAAAAACCAAGGCAACUGUGGCUCCUGCUGGGCCUUCAGUGCGGCAGGGGCGUUAGAAGGUCAGAUGUUCAGGAAGACGGGGAGCCUGGUAUCUCUGAGCACGCAGCAGCUGGUGGACUGCUCUUGGCUGGAUGGAAACGAUGGCUGUGGUGGAGGUUCGAUGGAGCUGGCUUUUGAGUAUAUCAGCAGAAGCGGAGGUUUACAGACAGAGUCCGACUACCCGUACAAGGCCAGGGAGGGGAUGUGCAUGUUUAAUCCACAGAAUGUGUCGGGGAAAUGCCACGACUUUGAGGAGCUGCCGAAGGGCGAAGAGAAAGAUCUGCAGAAAGCUGUUGUUGCAGUUGGGCCUGUUUCUGUAGCCAUAGAUUCCUCCAAUAAGACUUUCCUGCUCUAUCAGUCAGGUAUUUACAAUGAGCCAUACUGCAGCAGCUACAACGUGAAUCACGGCGUUCUGGUUGUUGGCUACAACACUGACAGCUCUGGACGGGAAUACUGGGUGGUCAAGAACAGUUGGGGUGUCCAAUGGGGUGAACAAGGCUACAUACGGAUGUCCAGGAACAAGGAUAACCAGUGUGGUAUUGCAACGAGAGCCAGCUUUCCUCUGGUUUAAAGGUGAAUUAAUUCAUUGGCGAAGAUUGUCUCAGCGUAAAUCAGUCCGGUGGAAAAAACACAGUUUAAUUUGUCUGCAAAUACUGGAAAGGUAUUGAAAAUGUAACUAUAUAAAAUAAAGAUUUCUAAAAAGUA